AGAAGGGCAGAGCUUGGGCCCAGGACACACUCAAAGUUCCCAAGGGGACUCCCUCUGUCUACACCUGUUCGCAGCUCAGGCUCACAAGGCAGAAAAAAAAAUGAAGACCAUUUACUUUGUGGCUGGAUUGCUUAUAAUGCUGGUGCAAGGCAGCUGGCAGCACGCCCUUCAAGACACAGAGGAGAACCCCAGAUCAUUCCCAGCUUCCCAGACAGAAGCGCAUGAGGACCCUGAUGAGAUGAAUGAAGACAAACGCCACUCACAGGGCACAUUCACCAGCGACUACAGCAAAUACCUGGACUCCCGCCGUGCCCAAGAUUUUGUGCAGUGGUUGAUGAACACCAAGAGGAACCGGAACAACAUUGCCAAACGUCAUGAUGAAUUUGAGAGGCAUGCUGAAGGGACCUUUACCAGUGAUGUGAGUUCUUACUUGGAGGGCCAGGCAGCAAAGGAAUUCAUUGCUUGGCUGGUGAAAGGCCGAGGAAGGCGAGACUUCCCAGAAGAAGUCGCCAUUGCCGAGGAACUCGGCCGCAGGCACGCUGAUGGCUCCUUCUCUGACGAGAUGAGCACCAUUCUGGAUAAUCUUGCCACCAGGGACUUCAUCAACUGGCUGAUUCAAACCAAGAUCACUGACAAGAAAUAGGUAUUUCACCAUUCACAACCAUCUUCACAACAUCUCGUGCCAGUCACUUGGGAUGUACAAUUUCAAAGCUAUAUCCUGAAGCUAUAUUGCUUUGCAUGCAGAUGAAUACAUUUCCCUCUAGCAUUGUGUAACCCAACGAUUGUAUAUGAAUUAAAGUAUUUCCAGGAUGUUGAUAAAAAUAACAACUUUACAGUAUGAAAAUUCUGGAUUCUCAUAUUUUUUUCUCCUCAUUUUAAAGUCCCCCCCCCCCCGAGAUUAUUUUUCUGUGAUAUAAAUUGUAAAUUAUCGCAGUCACAACACCUGGAUUAUACUAACAGAAGACAUGACCACCUGGUAACCGUAGUGGUAAACCUGGAAAGAGAACUUCUUCCUUGAAUCCUUUACCAUAAAUGCACUCAGCUUUUGAUGUAUCAAGAAUAGAUUUAAAUAAAUAUUUCAUUCUUUGUUA